AUGGGGAAGCCGAAGAAAGUGCCACCAAAGCACCCAAUGACGGCGGAAAGACUGCCAAAAGGUCAUCCUUCGUUUCAUCAGCAAACCAGACGUCUCUACAAAGCCUUGCAUUGGCUACUCUUGAUUUCUGUUUUGGCCAACACCGCGCCCAUUGCUGUUCUGCCCGGUCGCCAGAGAAUAGUCUACCGCCAUCUUCAUCUGUGUUGGAUGGCCGUGUGCUACGGCUGGUUCUGCCUAGCCUCCUACUGGGAAUUCGUGCUCAUCACACUGAACAAGGUUUCCAUUGAUUGCUAUUUGAACGCCAUGGAAUCGGCCAUCUACGUGGUGCACAGUGCCUCAAUCUUGAUCCUUACAUUUCAAUGGAGACACCGAGCUCCGGCCGUAAUUGACAGAAUAGUGAAGUCGGAUCUGGAGAGGGGAUAUAGUAUCAACUGCCGCCAGAGUAAGCGCUUUUUGCGGGUUCAGCUGUCGCUGGUGUUGGUAUUGGCCUGCUCGGCGUUUGCCAUCGAUAUUUGUAGCCAAAGAUUUGUUGUCUACAAGGCAAUUCUCAGCAUCCACAGCUUUGUGAUGCCCAACAUCAUCAGUAGCCUCUCCUUUAUCCAGUACUAUGUGCUGCUCCAGGGCAUCGCCUGGCGCCAGGCCGCAGUCACUGAAUCCCUGCAAUCGGAGCUCCAACACUUGCCAUGUCCACGACGGUGGGAGGUGCAAAGACUGCGUCUGCAGCACGCUGAACUGACGCGCUUCACCAAACUGGUCAAUACAGCAUACCAGUAUUCCAUUGUCCUUCUGAUUGUGGGUUGCUUUUUCAACUUUAACCUGAAUCUGUUCCUUGUUUACAAGGGCAUUGACGUUCCGGAGCUGGCUGAUUGGGUCAGGUGGAUCUACAUGGUGCUGUGGCUGGCCAUGCAUAUGGGCAAGGUGUAUGGUAUUCUCUACUUCAACCACAAAGUUCAGGAUGAGCAACGAAAAUGCUUGGCCUUACUGAAUGGUGUGCAAUGUGUGGGCCCCGAUCUUUUGGAUACCCUCAACCAUUUUGUGCUCCAACUGCAAACAAAUGUACGGCAGCAUGUUGUCUGCGGCGUCAUUGUUCUGGAUCUCAAAUACCUUUCCGCUGUAAGACACUAUACUAUGAUUAUAUUAGUGUACUAA